AUGAAGAAACGGGCCGACCUGCAAAAGAAAUUACAAUCUCUUUUGUGCACGGCCAGCGAAAACCGAAUGUCUACGAAGGUUGUUAAUCUUUCGAAAAGGGACCUAUCUUCCACUGAAAUCAGCCUCCUGUCUAAGGGGAUAAGAUUCAGUCACACCGAUGCUGCACCUACGGACUUCCUAGCCAACCUUGAAUCCCUCCUUCUGACCUCCGACGUCCCAGAUGACAUGUGUGCGGACGUUCGCAGUUGCGCCACUGGUCUCCUCCGACAAAGGAAACAUCAUCAAACCCUACCGACCGAAGAGAAAAAGGCGUUGCAAUCGCUAAAGACAGAUGACAAAGUAGUUAUUAUGUCUGCUGACAAAGGAGGAGCAACCGUUAUCAUGGAUAAAGUUGACUACGUCAAAAAGGCAAACCAAAUUUUCGAUGACAGGGAAGCCUAUGCACCACCCGCUGCAGACCCAACGAAAAAGCAAGCCGCGACUAUCAAGAAGAAAGUGAAUGAGCUUGCCCGAUUGAAGCUCAUAAGCCUCGAUGACAGCAGAUCUGUGACCCUCAAUGACCCCCGUAUAGCACGUGCGUACGGCCUUCCGAAAAUGCACAAGAUAGAUGCGCCGCUGAGGAUCAUUGUACCACUUAUUGGAUCCCCUACUUAA